UUUUUUUGGCAGUGAAUCGCGAGAUGCCGAGAGAAGAGAGAGUCCAUAGUAAAAAAGCGUUCCACGAGCUUAUUUUUGGGAGGAGGCUCCACAUCGCCUGAUGAUCGAUUCAAUUGUUUAGAUCGUAGAUAUAUAUGAGUGAGGUCUCUUCUCUUCCCGAGUUCUCACAGAGCAACGUCAUCUGUUUAUUCAUGUUUAUGAAUUGAGUUACAAAGCAUUACAGACGAAUACAGUACAAUCCAAUCCAAUCCAUCUCGAGCUAAGACUCAGUGAUCCAUCACUGGCUACACACCCUUAGCUACUCUCAAAGUUCCAGACUUUUGUUGCUUUUCGCGGGGUGACGCCUCCGCCUCAGACGACGCCUCCUCUUCUCGGCCUUCUGCUUCUGCUUCACACCUCUUUGAAUCAUUCUUCCCCUCCCUCCUUCGCUCACUCAGCGUCUUCCCAAGACUAUGUAUAGCAACCAUAAGCCCAUCAAAGUCAUGGAACCUCCUCAAGUUUUGGAUCACUACAUCGGUGUCGAUGUCGGCACUGGCUCUGCUCGUGCUUGCAUCAUUGACGAAACUGGUGAUAUCAAGGCUCUGGCCUCUGAGAACAUCAAACUAUGGCAGCCUGAGACUGGCUACUACGAACAAUCCACCACAGACAUCUGGCAAUGCAUCUGCGAAUGUGUCCGCCGCGUCGUCAGCGAGUCCACAGUCAACCCCUCGAGUAUCAAGGGUAUUGGCUUUGAUGCAACUUGCUCUCUUGCCGUCUUCACCCAUGACACCGACGAGCCGCUCCCUGUCACUGGCCCAGACUUCACAAAUGAUGGCAACGACCGCAACGUCAUCCUGUGGCUCGAUCACAGACCUGUCGAAGAGACCGAGAAGAUCAACAACACCAAGCACAAGCUUCUCAAAUAUGUUGGUGGAAAGAUGAGCAUUGAGAUGGAGAUGCCAAAGGUCCUCUGGCUCAAGAACCACAUGCCUCCUGAGCUGUUUGCCCGUGCCAAAUUUUACGAUCUCGCUGAUGCUCUCACACACUUGGCUACUGGCAACGAAACCCGUAGCUACUGCAGUGUCGUUUGCAAGCAGGGCUUCGUCCCAGUCGGUGUUGAUGGUAGCGUCAAGGGUUGGCAAGAAGACUUCUACCAUGAGAUCGGUCUUGAAGAUCUUACCAAAGACGACUUUAAGCAGAUGGGUGGUGUCAACGGGGUGAACGGAACCUAUGUCAGCGCUGGCGAGCCUGUAGGCACUUUGAGUCGACUAGCCGCGAACCAACUCGGUCUUCCCAUGGGCAUCCCUGUGGGUAGCGGUGUCAUAGACGCAUAUGCAGGUUGGAUCGGAACUGUGGGAGCUAAAGUCGAUCUUGGGGACGACGAACUCAACGCUGCUGUACCCCACAAUGACCUUGCCCAAGCCUUCACUCGUCUGGCUGCUGUUGCAGGAACUUCCACAUGUCACUUGGCUCUGUCCAAGGAGCCUGUCUUUGUCCCUGGUGUCUGGGGUCCUUACCGUGAUGUACUCUUGCCUGAGUUUUGGAUGGCCGAAGGUGGUCAAUCUGCGACUGGAGAGCUUCUGCGGCAUAUGCUCGACAUCCACCCCGCUUACAAUGAGACAUGCGCCCUUGCCAAGGCUGAAGACAAACACAUCUAUGACUUCCUCAACACUCACCUUGAGUUGAUGGUUGAGAAGCAUAAUGCUCCCUCGAUUUCAUACCUUGGGCGUCACCACUUCUUCUAUGGUGACCUUUGGGGUAACCGCUCACCAAUCGCUGAUCCCAACAUGAAGGGCAGCAUGAUCGGACUGGACAGCGACAAGAGCACCGACAACAUGGCCCUUUGGUACUACGCCACCAUGGAAUUCAUCGCAUUGCAGACCCGCCAAAUCGUCGAGCAGAUGAACAAUGCCGGCCACGAGAUCUCCUCCAUCUUCAUGUCUGGUUCCCAGUGCCAGAACCCCGUUCUCAUGAACCUUCUAGCAACGGCCUGCGGCAUGCCUGUCCUUAUUCCCCGUUACGUCAAUGCUGCUGUAGUUCACGGUGCUGCCAUGCUCGGUGCCAAGGCAGCAAGUCAUGCCAAGGAGGGCAGUGAGCCUGAGUCUCUCUGGAGCAUCAUGGACCGCAUGAGCAAGCGAGGUCGACUGGUCGAUCCCAGCACCAACGAGGACGAGAAGGCUCUCCUUGAUGCCAAGUAUGAAAUCUUCCUAGACAUGUGCAAGACACAGCAGGAAUACCGCAGCAAGAUUGACAAGGUGGCUUCCAAGAAGGCACGUGUGAAUGGUGCUCCCAAUGGUGCUUAGGGGUCGAGCUUGUGUAUUAGAUGACGAUAUGAAGUUGAUGAGCGCUGGAAUUGGGCAAUUGGCGUUGUAAUUUGGUAUAAAGACCAGUAAUUAAUGAUCAUCUGUACAUAGAUACGAAGUCGUAUCUCUAAAAAGGGUGAAUGAAAUAGAAUAAUCGACUUCUUUCUUUGUUAAUUACAAUGUUUUAUGUUGAUGUAUCACAAACAUCCAUUUCCACCUCGAAAUUCACUGGCUGAAAGCUGGAGCUCUAAGCAUUGACUCUGUAGUUUGCCUAGCGU